CUCUUUCUUUUCUUUUUUUCUUUUUUAAUAUUUUUAUAUAAGCUAUGAAUACCAAUUUUACCCAAAAUGAUACCACAAGCAAGAACAACAACAAUAAGCCCAUUGAAAAACCUAAGCGUAAACAAGUAAAGAAUGCCUGUGUCAACUGUCAAAAGGCUUGCAAGAAAUGUGAUGAUGGUAGACCUUGUAAACGAUGCAUCAAGCUUGGUUUGACCGCUACCUGUCGAGACUCUGAUCGUAAAGAACGUAAAAAGGGUGUCAAACGUGGUCCUUAUAAGAAACGACAAACAUUGAGUAAGGACAAGCCUGUCUAUCCUAAACUGAUCUUGGAAGAACAGGAACAUCCUCCUCAAGUGAUGGUACCUAGCCAAACAAAUGCUACGAACUGGCCAAAUGAAUUCAUUGGUUAUAAUCAACCCAUUUUAUCUUUAUCACCAACCAGUAGUUUUGCUUCUUCGGAUGAAACGUUACACUACGCAUAUGGAUACGCAGACAACACCUUGCAACCAAUUAUUCAAGAUGAUUUUAUACCAUUUGAACAACAAUACUGCUUCUCGACCCAACCCACCUCAUUUGAAAAAUUAUUGUCAGUACAAGAAUAUGAAUUGAAUUUAUUUGAAGAACCUUCUUACUGGUACCCUGUACAUCAUACCAAUACUUCAUCAUCAUUCACUGCAUCACCUUCAUCCUCAUCAUUCUUUACUGCAUUCCCUCAAACACAACCACAGCAACAAGAAGCAUAUUUUGAUUACAAUCAUACAUUUCAACAACCUCAACUCUUUUCAUGGUCAUAAUUCACUUUCAUUUUGCUUGCAUUCAUUUCUUAUAGAAUAGUAUUUACCAGCCUUUUUUUUUAUAGAUUUUUGCUCUUUCUAUUGUUUCUAUGUACUUAUGCCCCUUUUUUUAAUCAUUCUCUUAUACUUUUAUAGACACUUUAUGCUAUUUAUAAUUAAUUUUUAC